AUGUUUUAAUAGAACAAUGGGGAAGAUUAAUAAGAACCUAAUCAAUAACAAUAAUAAAACAAUAAUUAAGAAGGAUAAGAGUUAUAAAACAACAAUCAGGAUAUAUAGCCCAACUAAGAUUAACUUGAAAUUUACCUUUCGCGAUAUAUCACUAAUAAAGAGUAAUUAAGUUAAUAAAGAGCUUAAUUGGACAUAGUCAUUCAAGAGAUAAAUGGCACUCCAAAUGAUAGAUUUAUUUAUAGAUAAUUUUUAGAAAAAAUUUGCAAUAAAUUCUAAUCACUUUCUAUAAAAGAAUAUGAUGAUAUAUCCAAUUUUGAACAAUUACAUUAAAUGAUUAAGGAUUAAUAUCAAAAAAGAAGGUAGGAUUGGGAAUCUAAAUUGUCUGAAAACCAAAACCUUAUAAAUGAUUGGAAUGAAAAAGUUAAGAUGCCACAAUAUUAUUAAAUAAUGAAAAUUCUCAAAAGCCCAAAUAGAAGCUUGUACCUAACAAAAGACAUAACCAAGGAAGUCUACUUUGAUGGACUUAAAAAGGAAUUGACUCCUAAAGAAUAAGAGUAGUUGAAUUAGAAAAAUGGCAAACCAGAAUCUCUAAAAGAGUGUAGUAUUUUCUAGAAUUACAAAGUGGAGGCUUUUGAGGUCUUUUAAAACCAUUUGAAUCUAAUGAAAAAGGAGGCAUCCCAAAGCGAUGAUCCUCCAAAUUUUAUUUCAUCAAUGCAAUAGAAUAUGUGCUUUGAGAUUUACAAAAUAUUGGCAUUUCCUUAUUUGUACUUUAAUCAAUGUAUAAAAUUUGAUGUUGAAGCGUAAAGUGUGUACUUUUAGCUCCCUAAGAACAUGAUUAUAGAGGUUAGAUCUAAUUAUAUAGAAUAAACUCCUUUUUUGAAUGGGAAUUCUACAUUGAAUAUUAUUCCACCCUAUUUAUUUUAAACCAAUAUACUCCCCUUUCUAAGUAUUAUAGAUGUAUUCAAGUUGAGAAUAGUUUGCAGAUAUUUUAAAACAAUGUAAUCAUAUUCAUAUUAAUAAAUAGAGUUGAAAAAUACUGGCAUAUUCCAGCAAAGAAAUAAAUCAUCGAUUUAGAGAUAGCAGGAGAGUUGGCAUAUAAUAGUGCAUUUUUAAGUAAUUUUAAGAUUGCAGCAGUAACCCUUAAAUAGAAAUUGCGAAAUUGUGUUGAUAUGAUAAUGAAUUUUAUCAAUUGGCAAGAAUUGCAUGAAUUAAUAGAAAUAGAAUAAAUUUAAAUUGAAGUUUAUAGACCACUCAUAAUGAUGCUUCGAUUAUUCAACAAACAACAAUAGAUCUCUCUACCAUAUGAGAUUGACUGCUCAUUUUCUAUAAAGGAAUUAGCGAAGGAUAUUAAAUAACAGAUUCUUGAUUACUUAAAUUUAGAAUUGUUACCCUUAAGUUUUAAUUAAAUGAAACAAAUUCAAUCCUCUGCAUUGUCAGCACCUGAAUUCAAUAUCACAGGGCUAAUUCAUCCUUAACUUCAUCUGAGUUAAUUACUUACAUUUCUACUUUAGGGUCUAUAUUUUCAUGGUUGGAUGCUUUAAAUAAUAACAAUCCAUAAGGAAUUAUUAAAAUAGAGAUAAAAGUAAAAAAUAUCAGUAACAACAUAGGGAAUUGUAAAAUUUGGAUGAAUAACAAAUUUAUAAUAGGGACUUUAUAAGAUAAGCUCGCAAAUUUAUAUACAAAAUGGUUGAAUUCCAAUCCAACUAAGACAUUGAUGAACAACAAGCAAUAAUGACUCAAUUAGUAUUAUUCUCUUAUUUUAUUUAGUAUAUUGAAAUGAAUAGUAGUUUAAAAGGAUUCUCUUUUGCUGUUAACGAUGUCUAUUAAUCUCGGCCUUGUGCUGAGAUACAUUAUAAAAAUGAUGUUAUAACAAUCCAUUAAGACAUCUAUUGCUAGAUUGAACUGUUAACAUAUAUUUAUACUCGUACAUAUAAUUAUUUAUAGGAUAAAGGUUAAUAUAUAUCAGAAAUGCAAAGCAACAAUAAAAGCAGCAAAGAGUAGUAGGAAAAUAAUUCUAUGGAGCAAUAAUAAUAAAGUGACAAGUUAGAUUCACAGUCAGACUCAUCUCAUUAACAAAAUGAACCUAAUUGA